AAAAUCACGAUGAAGUGCGGAAUAGUUUUUGUUCUUAUGGCAACCUGCGUGGGUGCCUUGCCGCAUACUUCCGUAUCGUGUGAUAGGAGUGACUGCGCAACCUUCGAGGUCAUUCGGGAGGGAGAGGGGUUCCAACUGCGGCGGUACGGACCAUCCAAGUGGGUGAGUGCACGAGGUGUGGUCACUAGGGGCAACUGGUUGGCGGUCAAGAGGUCGCUGUUUCUGAAGCUGUAUGACUACAUCCAUGGAGCGAAUGACCAAAGUAUCGGAAUCCCCAUGACCGCACCAGUGGUGACCAGGGUUGAACCAGAAACUCCAGUAUUUCAACAUGGGUCUCUGACUAUGUUCUUUAUGGUGCCAUUCACCAUGCAAGAGAAUACGCCCAAUCCCCUUGGCCUUGACCUUACCAUCGUUGAAUGGCCUGCAAAGGAGGUGUACGUCAGGCAUUUUGACGGCUUUGCUCGCAGGGAACAAACUCUCACCCAGUUGUCCCAGUUGAGAAGUGCCAUUGGCGACCCCACACUGUACGACAACAGCUACUUCUAUAAGGCCGAGUUUGACCCACCCAGCAGGAGAGCUAACAGGCAUAAUGAGGUGUGGCUGGCAAAGAACUAGGCCACCGCCACAGCUUCAGCCCCGCCCGUGGCUAGUAACCGACUGGAAGAUAGUAAUGAAAAACACACUUGUGUGUCUUGCACACAUCACUUGUCCAUUGCUUUCGUCACCUGAUCAAAGAAGUCUGUAGUACCAGUUAACUGGCGUUUUUCCAAAUUUGAUAAUUAUUGAUUUAUAUGACUUUUGGAGACGCGUACAGUUAGAUUUAUCCCUAUGUGAUGUUAGCUACCACUGAAUCAGCGAGAAAUACUUGUUGUAUUAAUAAUUUAUGUGUCACAUUUGUAGGAAAUGUUCAUGAAUAAACAUUUGAAAGAA